CUCGGGGUGACAUUUGAAACGUCUCAGCGAAGACGUUGGUUUUGAUGGAGACUCAAAGCCACGAUAGCGGAGAUAUGUCGCAGAUUGGUUUUUGGGUUUAGUGAUUGAAGGGUAUUUCACACAUGGCGUAGGUCUCGACCAUGAAGAAUCCUAUGCCACCAACAGAUAAAAUAUCAUAUAAAUCUGGCGAACCGACAAAACCAAAAGAGCCGCAACCUUGUAAAUUACAGUGGCUGAUAUCCCAUAUCAAGCAGCGGAUAAGGUAAGGUAGUCAUGAACUGUCAUUACAUGGGCCAAGAAACACUACGACACGUAACGAGGGACUUGGCUGAUGUCUGGUGAGAUGACAAACAGGGCAUGACAGGGUCAGAGCCCAAAGAUUCGGCAUUUUGAAGCCGGGGCCCAGUCAGUCGGGGUCGGAAACUAGCACUGUAGUGUAUGAGAUCCCUGCAGAAGCACAGCCUGAAUAUGAUCAAGAAAAGAGUCUUUGGAUAAUUAGAAUAAGCAUCAAUGACGACGUGGAUGAACAGAGUGAUAAUUCUGAGAUAGGAAGUCUAAAGAGAACAGACAGAGAAAGUAAAAGGCAGUGUAAGGAGUAUUUCCCAAAUAGAGACGGUGUGAUGUGAAAUAUUGCCAAGUCGGACGCAUCUCGUGCUGUAGCGCAGUCGAACAUCUCCGUAGUGGUCGUUGAGCUAACACCAGCGAUUUCCAUUGUCGGCCAUGUUUCCCCUUUGGGCCUCUUCUGGCGCUGAGCCUCCAUUACCGAGCUGUCAAGACAACAAAAGUUGCAUCACAGGACAUGAGAGCAAGCAAUAGCUUCAAAGACAAUAGACAUAGUCGAGUUACACUAAAGUUAGUUGAAUCUAUUCUCAGAGCUUGAACAUACGAUUUAAGAAGAUGCUAUACCCCAUCAACUGUUAUUGCUUCUCUCCAGUCAGCUUCAGGUUCCAUCCCCUCUAGCCACUCAAGACCCAAGGUACAGCACUGGUUGCGCUAUUGAAGGGUCCUACCUAAAACUAUCCCCCCCACAUCACGGCCCUACGAUACCCCCAGAAAGUUCCAGUCGAGCUGGGUCCCUUAAACACGGCAUUUCUCAGCAACGACCAUUAAUCGAUCAAUCGUCUUAGGCUCAGAGGCAAGAUACCCAUUAUAGGUGCAACUGCCGCGAUUGUCUAAAACAUCAACCAUAUCAACCAGGGAAUCAACCAUCAAUUGCCCUGAUCGGCCGCUGUAUAAUCAUCUUAUCUCUACACCCCUACACACCCUCCCCCCUGUCCUAGACCAAGCUUGCGAGACCUUGACCUUGAACCUCUCUCAUUGCUUUUGUUGUUGCUCUCAUCUACGAUUUUUAUUUCCCUUCUUUCCUAAGCGCUUGACUGGUUUAUAUCAUAUCGUCUCCCGCCGUUCACUAUCAGACAAGAUCAUAUCGACAUCUUCUCUUCUCAGCUCUUCUCUUACUUUACUUCGAAGGUGUUCCCCCGCCUUCAGCUUUCAUAGACCAAACGCCCCGUGCACAGCUACCUACGCUGCUUUCAGCUCUGGAACCAAUCCUAUCGAAGAACCAUCCAAUCCCGACCCCCGGCCUUUAGAGAACCCUUAGAUCAAUCAUUCAAUCAAAGUCAAGUACUCGAGCGAACGAGCGUAAAGAACGAACGCCUUCUUCUCGCCUCUUUUUUUGCCCCGCGUGAGCAUCGCAUCAGCAUCAGCAUUCAUCAGCACAGCAUCAAUCAGCAGCAUUGGUCCAUACUCUUGAGCACUUGACCGUCCCACGCGCUUUUACUACAGUACAUCGCCAUCGCGCCCAGCUUCGCCCCAGAACUAGGUACAUUUUUACAUGCGCUAUCCUGUCUGAUCUGUCUUGGCGCCGAGCCCGAGUUUCCCAGGCCCAGCCCAGCCAGGCUUGCUCUCUUCUUCAUCUUUUCUUACCUGCAUUUCUCUCGACCGACCCGACAUCUUUCCUCCAGCAUCAUCAGCGAAGUCCAGACGUCAGAUUUACUGAGCCGCUGCUCUGCCUAACAACUUCAACUCCAAACAGCACCGAAACCGCCCCGUCAUGUCGGGAUAUCCGGGUUACAAUUCUGGCCGCUACGGCCCGCCGCAACCCCAAUACCAUCAGCAGCCUCAGGGCAAUUAUUACCCACCCCAACCUUCGUACGGCGGUGGCUACCCGCAAGGCCAGCCUUCUCCUCAGCCGCCGUUUGGUUACCAACAACAGCCUCCCCAACAGCAGUACUACUCAGGGCCUCCUCCUCAACAACAGCAGUACGGUGGUCACUACCAACAAGGACCUCCUCAGCCUAAUUACGGCUCGCGACCUGGUGGCGGCCCCGCUCCUCCUCCUACAGCACCUCAGCAAUUCGGUCAUGGCGCUCCCAAUAGCUACAACUUCAGAUACUCGAACUGCACCGGCAGGAGAAAAGCUCUUCUUAUUGGAAUCAACUACUUCAACCAGCGCGGUCAGCUCCGCGGCUGCAUCAACGAUGUACGCAACAUGACUGCCUAUCUUUCCGAGCACUUCGGCUACAAGCGCGAGGAUAUGGUGAUCCUCACCGAUGAUCAGCAAAACCCCAUGAGCCAGCCAACCAAACAAAACAUUCUUCGAGCUAUGCAUUGGCUAGUGAAAGAUGCUCGACCUAACGAUUCUUUAUUCUUUCAUUACUCAGGUCAUGGUGGACAGACAAAGGAUCUUGAUGGCGACGAAGACGACGGCUACGACGAAGUCAUUUACCCGGUUGACUUCAGACAGACUGGCCAUAUCACCGACGACGAGAUGCACCGCAUCAUGGUUCGCCCCCUACAAGCUGGUGUUCGCCUGACAGCAAUCUUCGAUUCGUGUCACUCUGGUACCGCCCUCGAUCUGCCCUACAUUUACUCCACGCAAGGUAUUCUUAAGGAGCCCAAUCUGGCCAAGGAAGCAGGACAAGGUCUGCUUGGUGUCAUCUCCUCAUACAGCCAGGGCGAUCUUGGAGGCGUGGCCAGCAAUAUCUUCGGCUUUAUCAAGAAGGCUGCCAAUGGCGACGAGGUUCGCGAGCGCAACUUGAGGACAAAGACCUCUCCAGCCGACGUUGUCAUGUGGUCCGGCAGCAAAGACGAUCAGACUUCGUGGGUACCCCUAUUUCCUCAGUAUUACCCUUGUUAUCAGAUGAUUCCAGCUUGAUUAUUUGGCUUUCACUUCUUCAGUUUUUGUUAUUGGGACAGGUUUCUCAAUUGGGCAUGUUAGCAUGGCGCAAGGCGUUUUGGCUUGAACAAUUUGUUGUAUCUAACUUGAAUAACUAUCUUCUGAGCCUGCUCCAGAUGCCAGAUAUGGUCUCUUAAAGAGUCUGUAUUUGCGCAUUUGGGGCGACGAGCUGCGUUGGAUCAGUGGAGAUUUUGCUUUUUUCCCUACACGACACAGCGUGAUUGGAGCGAUCCGCUAACAUGUUCUAUAGCGCCGAUGCAACCAUCGCUUCUCAGGCUACCGGUGCCAUGUCUUGGGCCUUCGUCACUGCCCUCAAGAAGAGCCCUCAGCAGAGCUACGUUCAGCUUCUGAACAGCAUCCGCGACGAGCUCGCAACGCGGUACACUCAGAAGCCUCAGCUGUCAUGUAGUCACCCUCUUGACACAAACCUACUGUUCGUCAUGUAAUGUAUAUAUAUCAUGACCGCCGUACCUCGAACUUGGAGUUGGAAUACCCCGAAUCUACUGAAAAAUCGGCUGCAUUGUGCUAGAAGAGAGCAUGGGAGAGUUGGAAGCUGGGCGGAAUAGGUGGAGGCUUUUUGAUAACGAGUAUCAUAGUACGAUUGGAUGGUAUUACAAUGGGAGGCUGUCUGAAAGGGUUGGUAGUUGGUUCUUGACGUCUUCAUGACUAACUGUGUCGGAGAACUCAAACAUAAAGCGUAUUGCGAGAAGUGUAGUUGUUAAAAUCAAAAUGCUCUUGAUUUGAUGCCCAUAGCGUCUAGCCUCUUUGUGAUGUAACAUACUGCUUCGAUCGCCAAAUUCCUAUUCCUCAACGCCGAAAACCACCCUAUGUAGAAACAUGACUUAGGUAUCCGUAACAACCCUGCUAAUAACCAAAUUGACAAUGAUACAGACCAGCCAUACAAGCCCUGUAAACCAUACGCUCUCGCUCAUGCAAUGCUAUGUUCGUUCUGUCGAUGGUCCUGCCAGCUUACAUAUAUCCAGACUCCGUGUAAAGACAUGCUAUGUUUCCUUAUGCUUCGGCUCUCACAACCUUUAGUUGUCUUGAUCGCUUCACCUUGCGCUGCUCUUCAGUUGCAACAACAAGUUUGCGACGCACGACUUCUUGCUUGGCCCAGUUGUUGGCCGACAAGCGAGCACGAGCGAUGAAACGCGCCAUGACAAGGAAGGUCUUGAGAGUAGGUUUUGUGUUGGAGGUGGCAGCUGUUGUGUGGCUGGGUAGAGAGAGAGCCUUUUUAUUGCCAAGGAGAUUUGUGCGAAUGUCUUCAAGCUCACGCAGUUGAGC